AUGGAUCCAAUUCUAUUGAGUCUGACCCAUAGUGAUCAUUUCUCUUUAGCAAAGAAUGACCUUGGUUAUCAAAGGAUUGAACAACCGAGAUCCAUUUACUUAUGA